AUAAAGCCCAAACACUGAGAUUUUUUGGGUUAAGAGAAAAGCGCAAUCUCUUCUUCUCUAGGGUUUGUGAAAUUGCUUUCUCUUCAAUCGAAACCCUAAUCAUUGAUCACCAGGAUUAUUAGAUCGGACUAGAGAGAAAGAAUGUCUCGGUGUUAUCCUUAUCAUGGACCUCCGAAUGCGAACAAAGGAGAGGCCUUGGACGAGUUGAUUAAGCUUCGAAAAGAUAAAGAUGAAACAAAGUUGAAGAGGAUAAAGUUGAGGAAAGAAUGCUCAAGAAGUACUGAGACAGAAAAAUGUGAUAAAACAGUGAAAAAGAAUGAUUUUCAAGAGAAGAAGAAGAAGAAGAGAAAAAAUGACUUUAACGGUGGGCACCUUUCUAAGGCAGUUGUAGAGGAAUCUGAUCAAGUUGACUCGAGUGAUUUAACUCAAGAAGACGAGCAACCCACCAUAAGCAACAACAAGAAGAGGAGAUUGCAUGAGGUGGAGCCCUUGUCUAACGAUGGUGACAAGGAAAGAAGAAAGAUUCGUAUCCGGAUACCCAAUAUUGGAUUCGGGAAACAUAGCUUUAAACCCUGCCGGGAAUUGCCAUUGGCUAUACCAGAGAGCAGAAAUGAAACGAAGAGGUGUGGACUCGCUCUUAAGCAAUGCCAAGAGUUGCCAUUAGCUACACAAGUGAGCAGCAAGGAAAGUAAGAGGCACGAAGCUCAGAAACUCUUCCCUAAACAAGGUCGAGAGUUGCCUUUGGCUAUGCAAGAGAGCAAUAAAUUUGAGAGUAAUGAACCUCGGAAACUCUGCCUUAAACUAUCUCCAGAGUUGCUUAAACAACGCCAGAAAUUGCCAUUAGCUCCACAAGUGAGCAGCAGGGAAAUUAAGAGGGACGAAGCUCGGAAACUUCCACUUAAAACAUCUCGUGGGUUACCUUUGGCUGUACAAGAGAGCAAUAAAUCCAAGAGAAAUGAAGCACAGAAACUUUUCCUCAAACCAUCUCGAGAGUUGCCAUUAGCUCCACAAUCGAGCAGCAGGGAAAUCAAGACGGGUGAAGCUCAGAAACCCUGCCUUAAAACAUCUCGAGAGUUGCCUUUGGCUAUUCAAGAGAGCAAUAAAUCCAAGAGGAAUGAAGCUCAGAAACUGUGCCUUAAACCGUCUCAAGAGUUGCUUAAACAACACCAAGAGUUGCCAUUAGCUCCACAUGCAAACAACAGGGAAAGCAAGAGGUGCGAAGCUCAGAAACUCGGCUUUAAACCAGCUCGAGAGUUGCCCUUGGCCAUACAAAAGAGCAACAAAUCCAAGAGUGAUGAAGCCCAGAAACUCUGCCUUAAACCAGCUCAAGAGUUGUCCUUGGCUAUACAAGAGAGCAAUAAAUCCAAGAGUGAUGAAGCUCAGAAACUGUGCCUUAAACAGUCUCAAGAGUUGCUUAAACAGCGCCAAGGGUUGCCAUUAGCUCCACAUGCAAGCAACAAGGAAAGCAAGAGGUGCGAAGCUCAGAAACUCUGCCUUAAACCAGUUCGAGAGUUGCCUUUGGCUAUACAAGAGAACAAUAAAUCCAAGAGCAAUGAAGCUCAGAAACUCGAUCUUGAACAGCAAGAGAGAAGAGAAUCCAAAAGGGUCUCGAAAACCAGUUUAUGUGUUGAUGAUGAUAGUAUUCAACGCCCGGACUAUUUGUAUAGAAAAUUGAUAGAGCAUUGGGUUCUUCCAAAGAUUGACAGAGAACAUAAUGAUUUUGAGGACGAGUGGCUUAUUGGGCCAAAGCAAGAAAACAGGCAAGAGUCCAGAAUACAUGAAGUAGCAAAUGUUGUGUCAUGUUCUAUGAGCUCCAGUUUGUGGCCAAAAGCUCACUACUUACCUGAAGCUGAUAUGUUUGCCCUGCCUUACACCGUGCCCUUUUAAUUUUUGAUGGUUACCUUUAUAUUUUUUUAAUUUUUUAUUUGGUUCAUUGUCUUGACCAAAGAACAAAGAACGAUACUGAAAUUUUUUCACAUGACAAGAAGUUAUUAUACGCAGUGCAAUUUUGUAAAA